CUUUCGAUUUUCAAUCACAUAGUGACACUAUGCAACCGUUCUCGUCGAGCCAGACGAUGGCGACGGAGACCCCGACGAGCCUGCCGCCCGACCGAGGGGUCACCUCCCCGCCAGCGAGUCGCAACCUGAACUUCUCCAUCGCGAAAAUCAUGGAGCCGGACAAGCGCCUGAGCGAGUCGAGCCAACCAACGGCGGCGCAACAGACGAGCUCGACGACCUCCUCGGCCGCCUCCUCGCCGACGAGCGCCGCCACAGCUACGAUGCUCGGCCAACAGCAGCAAACGAGCCCGAGCCACCUCUCCCUCAGCAACUACUCGGCCAACUUUGAGUCCGCCUUCAAGAAGUACGUGCCCACCCGGCACCACCAGAACUUCAUCCUCCAGGACUACUACCCGUUCCUCUACUACCAGAACCUCCUACAGAGGUCCCUACCGGGUGGAGUCCCGGCAGCGGGGGUGCCCACCGCCACCCCAGCCGUGGCCACCCACCAGAGCGACAGCCGGUCGCCCCCGCCUCGGGAACACUCAAAGUCACCCGUGGGCUGUCCAGGGGAGGAGGAGCGCAGGCCCAGUCGGGAGAAGAGCGGCAAGAGCUCGCCCGAGAGGAGAGCCGAGAGCAACUCGAAGCAGAACAAGACCUUCACGUGCUUGGUUUGCAAAAAGGUGUUCAACGCCCAUUACAACCUGACGCGGCACAUGCCCGUCCACACGGGGGCCCGGCCCUUCAAGUGCAAGACCUGCGGCAAGGGGUUCCGGCAGGCGAGCACCCUGUGCAGGCACAAGAUCAUCCACACCCAGGAGAAGCCCCACCAGUGCAAGACCUGCGGCAAGGCCUUCAACCGGAGCUCGACCCUGAACACCCACACGCGCAUCCACGCCAACUACAAGCCAUUCAUAUGCGAGACCUGCGGCAAGGGCUUCCACCAGAAGGGCAACUACAAGAACCACAAGCUCACCCACAGCGGCGAGAAGGCAUUCAAGUGCACCCUGUGCACCAAGGCCUUCCAUCAGAUCUACAACCUCACCUUCCACAUGCACACCCACAACGACAAGAAGCCCUUCAGCUGCAAGGUCUGCGGCAAGGGCUUUUGCCGCAACUUUGACCUCAAGAAGCACAUGCGCAAGCUCCACGACGCGGGCUCCCCGCUCCUUGGCUCGGGAAACCCCGGCGGGCCGAGCCCGGGUGGGCCCGUCGUGGUACACCAGCCUGGUCACCACCACCACCACCACCACCCUGCACCGGCUGAUUUCGCGUCGUUGGUGCACCACGGGCCCGGGGGGGCGGGUCACCGGUUCGAUGGGCCCUUCCUGCUGCCACCCCCCGGCUCGAGCGCCUUCCUCGCCAAGUCGAUGUGACAGGAGAGCCCGCGGUUCGGUCGCGCUGGUGGACACAGUCCGCUGAUGAUCGUCCCGUCGCCCUGCAGCUACCCCGUCGAUCUCGACUCGCUGAUGCACACGUCCAAGUGAACCGCCCACCAAAGGACGAUCGGAUACCCCGACAAAUUUUAUAGCUAUUACUACACGACAAGCCCACUGUGUUAUUAUUACCGCUCAAGAUACACUAAUGUACAUACGGUUGUAAAUAAGCGUCCGUGCAUGGGAUCACUGUCACCGAUUUCAGAGAAAAAGAGAUAUUCGAUUGUAUAUGUAUAUUACAUAAUAUGUAUUAGUAGGGGUGGAUAAGAUUAUAUAUUGUACAAAAUAUUAUUGAGAGUAUAAUUAUAAUGGUUGAUGGUUAAACGCUGCGGUGUGUGCUCGAGAUAAGGUCAAAUAUAUAUGUGUAUAUGAUACCCGUAC